AUGACUGCCUGCCUCCGAGCAGGCAACAGGAGCCCCACACCGGGCGGGCAGGACAGUCUCGGACGCAGGAUAGGUGGCAGCAAUCCCAGCAGAUCUUCCCUGAAGCGGUUCGUUGUGGAUCUCCUCGGGCUGCGUGGUGCGAUAUGCUACCCCUCCCAGAGGCCGUGGCGGCGGUGGCGCCGAGUCUACGAGAAAACUCAUUCCAUGUGGCCUUUCUUGGUUCAGAGGAAACCAGAUUUCAGGAACCCUCUCUACAAAGGCUUCACUAUGUAUGGGGUACUCAAUCCUAGUACUGUGCCCUACAACAUUCAGUUCUGGUGUGGGAUGUAUAACCGCUUCGAUAAAGGGGUACAGCCCAAGCAGAGUAUGCUGGAGAACCUCCUGGAAGUUAAGAAACAGAGAGCAGUGUUGGAGGCAGAUGUACAGGAACUGGAAAAGAAACUGAAGGCCCGUGAUGAGCCACCCGAAGAGGUCUGUACCUGCUCUCAAUUAGGGAAUUUUUUAUCUCAGCAUCUGGGAAAUCCUUUGACCAAUCCUCUCAGCUUUCUGGGUAUCGAUGGAGACCUGAAUACCUUGAUGGAGAAUGGCACCCUGUCCAGGGAAGGAGGCCUUCGAGUUCGAUUGGAUCAAGUAAAAAGCCAGUGUGCAGACCUCCAACGUGACUGUUGUGAGAUUGUGGGCAGCCUUAGGGUCAUAAAUAUCUCUGGAGACACAAACAUUUCUAGAGACAUGGGCAUCUUUGAGGCUAUGGAAUCCUCUGGGGCCAUGGGCAUCUCUGAGGUCAUUGGCAACUCUGGGAACAUGGGUAUUUCUGAGCCCAGGGACUUCUCUGAAAAUAUAGGCAUGUCUGAGUCCAGCAGCAUCUCUGGAGGAAUGAGUUUCUCUGGGGAUAUGGGCAUCUUGGGGGACAUAGUCAUCUCCAAGGCCAGCACCAAGGAGGUAGACUGCACCAAGCAACAGUAA